AUGGUGCACGUACACGAGGCCAUUAAGUUCGCGAAGGAUGUUGAGAAGUUGCACCACUCUCCGGGCCUACCAACACCAGGGAAAACACGAUCAACAGUGGCACAGUUCGCCUUCUUCAAGGACCGCGAUGCUUGCUGUAUAGAAGUAAGAAACACAAGUGGUGUUAUUCCACAAUAUCUCCCUGACCCAAUGCUAUGUUCCGAUGACAAAUCGCACUACCGACAGUUUGAGGACGUUCUUGGAACCGCCACAAAUGUGAGUCACAUGCCAUCUACAUCAAACGAGACCAUUGCCAAGGUUGCUGAAGAACAGCAGGGUUGUCAAAACAAAUUUCAGGUCGGACAGAAUGCACGCAGUAUUGUCUGUUGUUAUGAGUGUCAAAAACCACGAUGUAUAUACAGCAAGAAAACACUAACUACUAGAGAGGAAAGAGCACUGAAGAGGAUACAAGAAAAAUACAAAGACAGUGUCUUUAUAACCUGCAUCACUCAAUCAGACUUUAGUGAUGGGCUUCAUGGGACGGUAUUUGUUAGGCUACAGCUUGGCUGCAGCAGUCCCAUUGAGUUUGCAUACUAUGCCUCCCCACACAUAACAGCAGACAAAAACAUAUGCUGCUAUUGUGCCUCGACUAAAGAAACAGAAAGGGACGCAGACUCUUUGGACAAAUUUCGUGUGGUUCUUCCACAAUGUAAAAAGUGUCAGGCCACAAAACCAGUUAUUAAACGCCUCCCUAAAAAGUGA